UUACGUGGAUGGCCACGGGGUCGUCCGUGGUCAAUUGAAGGCAACCUAGCAAAGUGAAGAGAAGAUGCGAGGUAGAUGGCGAUAUUGCUUCUUGUGAUGGUAGCCCGUAAUGACCAGACUGUUGCGGGUCACUGAGCGUUUGUCUUGGACCAGUGUGGCUCAAAUGAGCGGUGAUCGAGCGAGCCGGGUUCUUAUACCUUGCCCACCAUCACCCUCGAGGGCUAAUCGGGAUAUACAGGCAGCGGCGAAAGGCUCGGGCAAGAGUUCCUCCGAGGUACCGGGCGGGGCUAAGAUGCUUAGCGCUCACUGCGACACACCCUUGCGCUUGCAGCACUGACAGCACAGCGUCAGGCACCGAUGGACGCAUGCAUCGACGAGGUAUGAACUUUUGUAGUGAGCUGUAGCUGAGCAUGCACACAGUUCACAGCGCGACGUGCCAAGUGAGCAGUAUGAAAACAUGCCAUCUGGUCGGGUCCAUCGAGUCAUCUCCCGAUGAAGUCUUGCCAUUCCCAGAGGCCCCACAAAGGAGCAGCAAGCAGCACCGGACACGCUCAUCGCACGCGGAGUCGAAACUCACGCCUUGCCGUUUCGUGCUGGUGUUGGAUCGACUCCGACGCUUGCCUUGCCCACGCAUAGGUGCAUGCUAUGAGGAGGAUAGGCGCUCAAAACGACUCCUCACAUGGUGACCACCCGCUGCGCAAGUCCUGCACCUAUUAUUACUGCACCUGCUAUUGUCAUUGUUGCCUGUCACCACGCCCACCGCUCUGACUCGUCAGUCACAGCAGAGGCGUGACUUGCAUAUCGAAGCGUCGAAAAGGAAGCUAACGCAACACAGCCCCUGGUUGCCUCAUCCCACAGAACGUUGAAUCCGACGCCUCGGAGAAAUAACUCGACGCGCCUAUAGUACUACUGUAUCAGAGCAUAGUACCACGAUCACCGGUUUCACACUCUGACUGAACCUUCACGCUUCAUUUUAAGCAGACAUUCAUCUAGAUGGCUCACAUCCCUGCCCCUUCAAUUGGCGUGUGCACAGCUUGAUUGCUUUUGGAAAGGCCGGAACAGCAAGUCGUUGCGCUUAGCAAGGGGCUGGUGGGGGGUCUUUGUC